GUGGCAUUUGUCAACUUUCAAAAUUUCACGACUGAGACCGUUCAAAGGAUCCCACUACACUUUUGUGACGAGGUGGUGCGGAUUCGCGCAUCUAAACGUGUAGUCUCAUCCAAGACAAGUGCAAGAAGCCUCAUACAGAUAUAGUGUCUGCUAGCCUCUGCUAUGUUAUGUAUGAGGUAGCUUUUUGAUUGUACGCUGUUUGUGGCGCCUCUGGGGUUGCCUCGAGAUACUUAACUCCCGUUUGCUCCCGUAGCGUGUCAUCGGCUUCGACUCAACUUCCGUCGUCUCCAAAAGCACCCCAAGCCAUCACUCUCACAGCACUGACAUGCCCAGUGCCCGGUCACCGUUCAAAAAUCCUGGUGAAGAGGAAUUACUUGGUCAAGCCAGUAGCGACUGCACGCGGGCGCAGAGACUCGCGCUCGCGGGCCAAUACGAGGAAGCGGAAAGGCUGCACCUCCAAGCCCUCGCAGAUGGCCGUCUGGACGAGGCGAAAACGUAUCUUCAGAAGGCUCUCCGUGUGCCAAGAACUCGAUCCGCUUUCACCCGCAUGUACCUCGCCAAAGUACUCGAGAUGCAGGGCGACUUGCGUGGCGCAAAGGAUAUGCGGAAGUUGGGCUGGCCAAAAAAGAUGCUUUGCGGCAACGAGCAGUGUCCUCAGUUGGAAUGUUCGCGAGACUUCGCCUGUUCGAUAUACUACUGUGGCAAGAGUUGUCAGAAGCAAGAUUGGCAGCGUCACAAGAAGUACUGUAAAGACGACUAGCAUUAUUCUGUCAUGACGGUGUCGUGCUACAAGCCUACAAGCACGCAGUGCGGUCCGAACAAACACGACGACAGUCCAGUCAAGUACUGACAGUGAUACAUCGCCAUGUAUCUCCUUAGUACAGAUGUUGCAUACGGCUUGUUGCGGGGUGUUGCACAGACUCAACUGAAGUUAGCGUAUCACUGCAAAUAGAACAUUGACAGUGCGCUCCACUGUCCAUGCAUAUGUUCGUAGAUGUUCCUGCACCACCAGCACCCUUUGCGUUGUCAAGUUAGACCUCUCUGGCAAGUUUAGAUCUCGAUCUAUGUAUUGUACAACGAUCACAGGACAAUGCCGAUCUUAGCUUCGAUCUGAG